GAAAUAAUUGGUCUUUUGCAGCAUCCGCGCCCAUGGGGGCCAGGUUGAGGGAGGCUUAAAAGCAAGGCUGUUUAGUUCGAAUAAAGUUAUUCGACUGCAGUUUACUGACUGUGUGAGCACACUGCUACAACGUGUUUUUAUCGCUAUUAAUAUACGUCACCACUGCCAAUACCUGACACCCGUCAGUGCGCGAUUUCUUUAAUUUUUCGAUCCAAGGUAGGCAAACUAUGGAGAAUUCUAAAAAAAGAAAAGUGACUGAAGAAAACAGAACGUUUAAUGAUACGUGGACAGAUUCAUUUGCUUUCACUGUUGACGAGACUGGUUUACCGGUAUGCUUAAUAUGCAAUGAGAAACUAGCAAACAACAGAAAGUCAAAUGUUGCAAGGCAUUUCUAGAAUAAACACGCAGCCUUUGCUCAAAAAUAUCCGGAUGGAGAUGAGAGAAAAAAAGCCGUUUCAGAACUGAUGCGGAAGGUUGAUCUGAGCAAAAAUCAUUUCAAGCAAUGAAUGAAGUCCGGAAAACCAAUGACAUACGCUAGUUAUACUGCCGCUCAGGAAAUAGUCAGGCACGGGAAGCAGUUUACAGAUGGUGAAUAUAUAAAAGAAUCUUUCAUUAAGAUUUCAGAACAUCUAUUCACGGACUUUAAAAACAAGAGUGAAAUUGUGCAGAAAAUCAGGGAUAUGCCCCUCUCUGAAAAGACUGUCAAAGACAGAACCAUAAAAAUGGCAGAAGACAUCACAAGACAGCAAAUUAAAGACAUCAAUUCAGCUGUGGCCUACUCGAUUGCCUGUGACGAGUCUAAAGACAAAGGUGAUAUUGAACAAAUAGUGUUGUUCUGCCGGUAUGUAAACUCUGCUGGGCCACAGGAAGAACUGAUUGAGUUGAUACCUCUAAAAGACCAAACACGGGGGGGAGGACAUCUGUGAGGCUGUCUUGAAUUGUUUAAGAGCCAAAGGAAUAAAGACUACCCACCUGGUGUCAGUAGCUACUGAUGGGGCACCGAAUAUGACGGGAACGCACAAGGGAAUUGUGGCUUUAUUGCAGAAGUCGCUGGACAGAAAGCUGCUGAUUUUUCACUGCAUCUUGCACCAAGAGGCACUGUGCGCUCAAACAUUUCUUCCGGAAUGCACAGAAGUAAUGGAUGUUGUCAUUCAGAUUGUCAAUAAAAUAAUGGCAAAAAGUUUAAAUCACCGUCAAUUCCGUUUGUUACUGGACGAGCUGGAAAGCGCAUAUUCUGAUCUCCUGCUGCACAACAAAGUCCGGUGGCUGUCCAGAGGGGAGGUGCUGAAACGCUUUGUCGCGUGUCUGGAAGAAGUGAAAACUUUCCUGGGCAGCAAAGGGCUGGAAAAGCUACACUUCAUGGUAGACAUGACAGCGCACCUGAACACGCUGAACACAGCUCUUCAGGGGAAAGGACGUACAGCCCUACACAUGUUGGAGGAUGUUUUGGCGUUCGAGCGCAAGUUGACAGUGCUUGCCAGAGAUUUACAGAAAGGCACAUUGUCUCACUUCCCCAAUUUGAGAGAGUUCAAACAAGGUCACGACAUGAUAAGUUCGGAGUAUUUACAUUCUGCGAUCAUCGCAAUGCAAACUUCGUUUGGGAAACGCUUCUGUGAGUUCAGAGAGGAAAAAAACACAUUAUCCUUCCCGGUCACUCCCCUAAGCAUCGAUUCAUCUCUACUGAAUACGACUGCAUUGGCAGGUGUGAGUAAACCUGAUCUUGAGAUGGAACUGGCCGAAAUAGCCGACAAAGACAUAUGGGUGUCCAAGUUUAGAUGCUUGACAGCAGACCUUGAAGAUGUUGCCCGUCAGAAGGCCGUUCUUGCUCAGAAUCACAAAUGGAGUGAUAUUGAAAACCUCCCAAAAGCGGACAAACUUGUGUUCGAAACAUGGAAUGCUAUCCCCGACAUUUAUGUAAACAUUAAAAAGUAUGCGCUUGGAGUCCUGUCGAUCUUUGGAUCCACAUAUGUAUGUGAGCAGGUGUUCUCCAACAUGAACUUUAUUAAAAACAAACAUCGUGCAUGCCUCACAGGUGACAGCUUGCGAUCCUGUGUAAAGAUGAAGGUGACGUCAUACAGCCCUGAUGUGCAGAUGCUGUGCGCUGAGGUCCAGGAGCAGAAAUCUCAUUAACCAAGUUGACAGCUGGCUGACGUUAUUUUUGGUUUGCGGCUGGCGGAAAAUUUAAGUUCAGCGUUUUUCAUAAAUACAAGAAGAACUCAAAUAGACAUUGAGUAUUUUACUUAAAAGUAACCUUCAACCCAACGUCUUUUUUUCGGAGUUCAAAAUGUUUUUGUUGCAUGCAGAAAUGUAAUUUCGUUUUCUCUGCAGGAGUUCAUCAAUUUCAUAAAUGCAACACAUUAUAGUUUGUUUAUACAUAGCAUAAAGGCAAAAAAAACGUUGUAUGCAGUGUUAUUUCAUUUUAAAUGUCAAACGGGUUUUGCGGCUCCCAGUGUUUUCUUUUCUGUGGGAAACGGGUCCAAGUGGCUCUUUCAGUGGUAAAGGUUGCUGACCCCUGGUCUAGCUAAAGUGGAUGUGGAGAGGAUGACCCCUAUGGUGGGGGUAUCCAGAACUAGAGGACACAGCUUCAAAAUUGAGGGGCGACUCUUUAUAACAGAGGUAAGGAGGAGUUUCUUUUUUACCCAGAGAGUAGUGAAUCUGUGGAAUGCUCUGCCACAGACUGCGGUAGAAGCCAAGACCAUGUGUAUAUUUAAAGAUGAAGUUGAUAGUUUCCCGAUUGGUCAGAGCAUCAAAAUUCGAUGGGCUGAAUGCCCUAAUACUACUGCUCCUAUGUCUUGUGGUCUAUGGAAGGGAAAUUAUGUUUGAUUUCUUUUUGUUUGAGAAUGUAAGUAAUAAAUAAUUUUCUCAUAACAUAUUUAGAUUUUUCUAUAGAGCUUUAACAAGAUUUUGCUUAGCCUACAGUCUCAUGGAGGUGUGUGUAUUAGCAAGGGAAGGAUUGGUUAAUGGGCAGAAAAAG